AUGAAUCAGAUGAGUGGAUCAGUUGCAAGUAGUUUCCACUUCUCUGGUGGGGCUGGUUAUCUUGUUAAUUUCAGCAAACACGUCUUAGGUUUUGUUUUCCAUUUUGUGGCCUAUGUGGUUGAAAGGUAUUCAGUUGAGAAAAUUCCGCUCUAUGAUUCUGCAGAGGAUGAGCCUUCCUCGAGGCUCUUCAAGACUGUCAACUCCUCAAGUUCUGAAUUUGAUGUUGAUGGGAUGAUGAUCAAUGUCAAUGUGGAUUCUGGACAUCAGUUGAUGUCUACUGCUCUUGUUGUGCAAUCACUUGAUUCUGUUCCAAUGGAGGGUGUAGUUAUGGGGGUAAAAACAGAAGUGAGUGAGGAGAGGAAACUUUAUUCACAAGAAAAUCAACCACCUUUUGCAAGAAAGAAUGCAAUGAUAUCUCGUAUCCGCAGUAAUACUGCAUGUCGUAACUAUCACAUUGGAUCAGGAUCCAUGCCAAACAAAAGAUCAAAGCAAUACUCUAAUGGAAAGGUGAAACAUGGUGCACAAAAUCAAGUUGACGCCAAGUCUUUUGCUUCGCUUUUAGCAUCAAGGGAAGCACAAGAGGAAAUUUUAAAAUAUGAGUGUAUGAAAAAUGAUGCUGCCACUCAUCUUGAAUCUUUAUACAAUGAGAUACGGCCUGCCAUUGAAGAACAUGAAAGGGACAGCCAAGACAGCGUGGCUACCAGUGUAGCUGAGAAGUGGAUUGAAGCCUGCUGCUUGAAACUGAAGGCAGAAUUCGACCUUUAUUCUUCCAUUGUUAAAAGCAUUGCCUGCACUCCACGAAGGGGCCAAGCUGAACAUUAUGAUGGCAACAAUGAGAAUGAAAUCAAGUACCUGCAGAACUGA